UCACAGUUGUUGAAAACUAACAGAGAAAGGCGUUACGUUCUUACGCUCAAAGUAAAAAAUGAAAUUGUUUUUAUUUGUUUUCGCAAUUUUUAUAGUUGUGGCGGUUCCAGUGGCCGAAGGAUCCCGAAUCCUUAUUGCAGCUGCUCAUGGCACAAAGAGCCAUCAAAACGUGUACGUCCCAUUAACGAAAGAAUUGGUGGCACGAGGACAUCAUGUAACCAUCAUCUCUAAUUACGAAGUCGGCGAAGUGGCUCUGCUGGACAACGUCCGGCAGAUAUGGAUAGAAGAAUUGGCGAUAGACGUCUCGAAAUUUCCCAAUAUGUUUACAGUCAUGUCGGACCCAUGGAAAAAAAUCGACAUGGCUGUCAAAAUCAUCGAAACGCUCAUCAAGCAACCAUCGAUGAAUGCCGAAACUACUUAUGGAGACCCACGCGUCCAGCAGCUAAUGGCCAGUGAAAGUUUCGACCUGGUUAUGAUCUCUGAAGCCUGCGGAUUGACUUGCUAUCCAUUCGGUUGGCAUUUCAAAGCUCCAACAAUCGCAAUGAGUCCCAAUGUUUUAUUCCCAGGACGGGCUGCAUUGCUGGGCGAUGACGAACACCACAGCUAUGUUCCUUUUUUGCUCACCUCUUACACCGACAAAAUGAGCCUUUAUGAACGUACCAUCAAUUACCUAACUGCCAAAUUUUUUCAAACAUUUGUUCAUGACUGGCACUUGGACACGGUGCACAGCAUCUUCAAGCGGAAGAUCAAUCCGGAAUGCCCACCGUUUAUUGAAAUUGAAAAGAAUUUCUCGUUAGUCUUCACCAACAGUCAUCCGAGUUUCAGCUAUCCGAGAACUCUUCCACCGAAAGUUAUUGAAGUGGGUGGGCUUCAUUGUCGCCCAGCUAAACCCCUUCCGGAAGAUUUAGAAACGUUCGUUUCUUCAUCCGAAGCUGGAUUCAUCGUAUUUGGAAUUGGCAGCGCCAUUAGAAUGGAAGAAAUGCCUGAGGAGAUCAUUCAAUCUUUCAUCAAAGCUUUUACUCGUCUACCUCAAAGAGUGAUCUGGCAAUGGAAGGGCAAAGUUCGACCCGAUUUACCUCAAAAUAUUAAGGCCGUCCCAUGGCUACCUCAGCAAGAUUUAUUAGGACACCGAAAUUGCCGGGGAUUUAUAACUCACGGAGGCUUGAACAGCUUGCAAGAGGCAGUUUAUCACGGAAUUCCAGUCGUGGGAUUUCCAUUCGGUACCGAUCAAAGUCAUAACAUGGGACGGGCUAUUCAGGAAGGCUAUGCUCUUAAACUGGAAUGGAAAGAUAUCACGCAAGAAUUGUUAACUACGGCCAUUCAUGACAUUUUACACGAUUCCAGGUAUAAGAAAUCGGCGAAGAGAUUAUCCGCUAUGUUUCGCGAUCAAAUUCAACCACCUCUAGAACGAGCCGUAUUUUGGACUGAAUUUGUGCUGCGUCAUAAUGGCACCGAACAUUUGCGUUUGGGCUCCAUCGAUUUAGCACCCUAUCAGAGAGCACUAGUCGAUGUCUAUUUAGUCAUGGCUCUUAUUUUCAUUACUCCCAUUUUACUAAUGUUUUUCUGCGUCCGAAGGUGUUGUCGUCGUCGGCCAGCAGUAACAGAUGCUGUAAAAAAGCAGCAAUAACAUGGGGAAAAAAACGUUUGUGUUUGCACAGUGUAACACAGUUAUGUGCAUGACUUGACAAAAUUCAAAUAGAGUAUAU